AUGGGGUGCAGUGCUUCUAUGUAUGCAGUCGGGAAGAGAAAGAAGAAGACAAGUAUACCAGAAGUGGUAGUGUAUGUUCCUUCAAUGAGAAUACCAGCACAAUCUGAUCUUCAAAGGCCACUUAGAGGGUUAAUUCCACAAGAUCUUGUUGAUAGGUUGGCUUGUCUUCGCAACCAGAUUGUGUUAGUGGCUGAGGAAACUGGUGGAUCUGCUGUAGCUGAACUGAGAAGGGCAUUGGAAGGGUACUUGUCUCUUCUUAUUGGGCUCACCAAGAAAGAACAUGGACUUGAGGACUUGGUGGAGUUCAAAUGGAAAAAUCUGGUCGAUGGCCGGCAGGAAAACUCUGUGGCAAACUCCGGGUAUGAAUUACUAUCUGCCAUUCACAUGAUAGCAAUGCUUACUUUGUCGGAGGCUAACUCAUUGAUGAUCCCUAAGGAUCACUCUGGUUCUGGCAUUAGGGUUGUAUCAUCUUCAGAUUGUAAGAGGGAUGCUGUUGAUUUACUGCUUAAGGCAUCAGGAACCUUGGUCUUCUGUGUCCGUGAAAUCUUGGCUCAUUUAUCACCAGAUGUCAAGAAAAAGUUUUCAAAAGACUUCCAAGAUGGUGUCCUGGAGGCUAUAUCCAUUCAAGCGCUAGGCCAGGGAACUGAAAUUCAGCUUGGUUUAGCUGUCGAAAGUCAAAAGGCUUCUUUGUCGGUGAAGAGGAGGUUAGCAUGUGAACAGCUGAUCUACUUUGGUCAGGCUUAUCACUGCUUGCCAGAGUCUGACACGAGCACUGGGCGUGGAAAGAAGCAUCUCUGGUUCAUCAAGUGGAAGUUCCUUGAAGCAAAGGCUGCAGCUUACUACUACCAUGGUCUGAUCCUUGACAAGGGCACUGAACCAGCUUGUCAUGUUACUGCUGUGUGCUGUUUUCUAGCUGCAGAUGGACUUCUGUCAGAGAGCAAGAAGGCCUGCUUAACCUUUUGCCUAACAGCUCCUGUUACCAGAUCUCCUCCGCUUUGGGGUGCAAUGAAGCACUUGCAUCAGAAAAUUCCUGAAGUUGCAGCAAGGAAGUCUCAGAUGUAUGGCUACCUCUUGGAAGAAGAGAAGUGA